AUGGAGAACGGAGCCGUGUACCGCCCCACCACCGAGGAGGACCCGGGCCCGGCCAGGGGCGCCCGCAGCGGCCUCGCCGCCUACUGCAACCUGGGACGGCUGCCCGUGCCCCAGCGCGUGCUCAAGGGCUUGCAGCUGCUGCUGUCUCUGCUGGCCUUUAUCUGUGAAGAGGUGGUGUCACAGUGCACUUUGUGUGGAGGACUUUACUUCUUUGAAUUUGUAAGCAGCAGUGCCUUUCUCCUUUGCCUCCUCCUGCUGAUAGUGUACCUCACCCCGGUUUAUGAAAGAGUCGAUGCAGGGAAAGUCAAGUCCUCGGACUUUUACAUUACUUUGGGGAUAGGAUUUGUGUUUUUGAUCGCGUCCAUCAUUUUCGCGGCCACGCAUGACCAUACCUCAGCUGAAAAGGCUGCAAUUGUGUUUGGCUUUCUAGCAAGUUUUAUGUUCCUGGGCGACUUUGUCUUCAUGAUUAUUGAAAAGCGACGGGAGUCCCAGAUGAGGAAACCUGAGCCUGAUAGGGCAGAGCCCCUCACCGAACCGCUCAAUGCUUGA